AUGGAGUUGAAUUCGGUUGUUAAAUCUCUGGAGAACCAAUGUAUCCUGGUUACUGGAGCAACUGGUUUUCUUGCUAAGCUUUUUGUGGAGAAACUGCUCAGAGUACAACCUAAUGUGAAGCACAUUAUGAGUUAUUUCCCAACUCUGCGUCUGCUGCUCAACGUGUCCGGAGAAGUGUUCAGGGUUUUGAGAGAAAGACAAGGUGUCAGAUACACCACUUUUAUUUCUGAGAAGGUAACACCGGUUGCCGGUGAUAUUUCUCUGGAAAACUUAGGAAUCGAUGACUCUAAUUUGAUAAGUACGAUACGGAAAGAAAUUGAUGUUGUUGCAAAUUUUGCCGCAACUACAAAAUUUGAUAAAAGAUAUGAUGAUGCUAUUCGUACUAAUACUACGGGAGCUAAGCAUGUUGCGAAAUUCUCCAAGAAGUGUGAACAGUUGAAGUUGCUUCUCCACCUAUCAACAGGUUAG